GUCGAAGACUCUUCUUAUUCACAGGUGAAAAUGCCACAGUGAUUGUACGCAUUCCUUCGUCAGAUAAUGUUGGAACAGUAGACAACCUUGUUUUAACUGACCCUCAAGGAUCUGAGCUGGCAAGACACGGCGGACUGACACAGGUGGCGUCACGAGCUGAUUCACUUGUCUACAGGAUCACGUUCUCCCUACCCGCGAAGGCAUUCCAAAUGACAACUGCGGGCACUGACAAGGGGGGAAACCAAUUUCUGCGUCUACGGCCAAAAGCAAUUGUGCCUGUUAGCAUCGACCUGAGAUUGCUUCCGCUCAAUGGUAGUCUUUAUAUCAACGAGCAGUUGGCAGUACCAUUUCUGGUCAUCAACAAGGGUGCAGCUGGGUCCAAUAUGACUGUCACAAUCAGCGACGAUCAGAACUUUGCAAGAACAAACACAUCUCUGGAGUACACGCUACAGCCUGGUCAGAUUGCAUCGGGAGAGUUUUCACUGCACGCUGGGGGGACCGUGGGGUUGACCAGCACUGUGACAGUUUCUGCGUCUGCAUCCGCCGCAACUGGCGACGACUUCCAAUACGACAUUGUGAUUGUCUCCACAGAAGAGCGUGUAGUCAGGGAAGAAGAUAACACCAUCCCUGUCUGCAACAUCACCGCUUUGACAGGUAGUUGUGACGUCACAAUGCUUGACCCUUGUGUGUGCAGCCAGUACAAGUGGUCAGGGACUGCUGAGAUUCAAGACGAUGGAUUCGGACUCUACCUAGUGACCGCUUCUGUCAAGACAACUGGAACGUUCCGACACGACCCGUUCAGUUUGGGUUACAACGGCACCCUAUCUGCUGCCAUCACGAGUGACUGUUGUAAGGCCCUAACCUACAUCACCGUUGUCGACCUCGCCAGCAACACCGGUCAGUGUGUGUUUGAUCUCGCCCCUGGACUGACUCAGCCUGUCGACUCAUGCAAGCCAACGACUCAGACUCCCAACUACUGGUCCCAGGAUCGUGUGGUCAUCGUCGCUGCUGCUGGAGGUGCUGGACUCCUCGUCGUCGUGAUUCUCAUCGCUAUCGUCGUUGUUGUCAUCAGGGGCAAUCAAAAGAUGAAGACGGUUGACUAACGGCGUCACGACUGUCUUUCAGAAAGCCUACCAAUCACUCCAGAUACCUUCCCAUUUUGAAUCCGAACACCUUCCCCAAACUUUGUAAAACAUUUGGUAGCACCCUUUGUUCAGUUAAAUGAGGACACUUAAUAUAUAUUUGAUUGUAUCAAGAAAACUGAAGAAAGAUGAAGGUAUCCGGAUGCAUAUUUUCGUGCUUGUUUAGUUUCUAGUAAAUAAUGUUAACCUGGGUCUAUCAGACAGCUGUAGUAAUAUUAUGUUCCAUUGUAGUACUAAAUACAAGUAUCCCCUGAAUGCGGAGAUCCCUAGGGAAUGUACUUCAAGAAAACAAAUUUUCACAUGAACACACAAUGCCAUUUUAGAAAGUGGUCAAAUGUAACAAAUGUUAUAUUUGGGAUAACCCUUUCAUUGUAAAGUACAGAUUCUCGUACUUUAUUGGGUUGCGUCCCGUCCGGGAUUUG